GCUCUGCCCCUGCAUUGCCACCGGAGCUGGCUCCGUUCAACAGAUGAAUACUCGUCACCAUCAGUGCCUGAAUGACAAAAACGUGUGCAUAUAAGGACGCGACCGUUCGUAAUGGUCGAUAUCGGUUGUAUAGAUCCUUAUAGGCCUUGAAACCGCCAGCAAACUUCACGCCAACCUCCAUCUUGUCCCACCCAAGCUGCACAACAUGGAUAUUGAACUCUACGUCUAUGACUUGACACAUGGCAUGGCUCGCCAGUUUUCUCGCCAAAUGUUGGGGAUCUCGAUCGACGCUGUGUUUCACACCUCCCUUGUAUUUGGCGGCAUCGAGUAUUUCUUCGGCGCCGGCGUGCAGACGUCGUAUGCAGGUUCAACUCAUCAUGGCCAGCCUAUCGAGAAGAUCCAUAUGGGAACGACACAGUUGCCGAUGGAAGUCAUCCUCGACUAUCUCGAAAGUCUGAAGCAAAUCUACACGCCGGAGUCGUACGAUCUCUUUGCUCAUAACUGCAACAAUUUCACGAAUGAUUUCUCGAUGUUCCUGGUCGGCAGAGGGAUUCCGGAUCAUAUCACCGGCCUGCCGAAGCGAGUUCUCGAGACACCGUUUGGGCAGAUGCUCAAGUCACAGAUUGAUGCGAGCAUGCGCUCUGUCACUCAAGCACCUGUGCCACCGCAGAAUAUCCCCACUGCCAUGAACGGCAGGAUGGGGCAGCCUGUUGCAAUCAAUGGCCAGCCCCAGCCAACGGCAGGGCGACACGGCAAAGUGAUGCACGUUACACAAGCGAGUGCGCUCGACAAGCACAUCGCCUCCUCGACCCGCCCGGCAGUCGUCGUUUUCUUCACGUCUUCCACUUGCGCGCCUUGCAAGCUAGCGUAUCCCACCUUCGACCAAUUAGCCGAACAACAUGCCAAUGCGCAGUUUGUCAAGGUCGAUAUCAACGAAGCCCGGGAGAUUGGGUCGCGAUACAGCAUUCGUGCCACACCAACGUUCAUGACCUUCUACAAGGGCACCAAGCAAGACGAAUGGACUGGCGCGGAUCCUUCGCUGCUGAAAGCCAACGUCGAGCGGUUGAUAUUGCAGGCAUACCCGCCACAUCCUCACUCCCAUCUGAAAGUGCCUACCUUACAGUUUGGGAGUUUGAAGUCAGUCACUUACGGCAAGGUACCGCCCAUGGACAAGCUGAUGGUCAAACUUGGCGAUGCUGCCAAAUACCCCGAGAUCGUUGCCCUUAGAUCGUUCGUUGAGAGGCGGACUGCGGAUCCGAGAGAGGCUACUCUGCCGAACCUACAAUCUACCUCGCAAACCUUUGCCACAAAGGUGCUCUCGUUGCCGGUCGAGGUCCGCUUCGCAGCCGUCGACUUGCUCCGAUGUGCUAUGAUUGAUCCCCGUGUCACUGGCUUUCUGGCGGAAGACCAUGGCUCUUCCACGGUACAGACCCUGGUCAAGCAUGUCAUUGAGCUCCCAGACUGCCCCCAUAAUCUCCGCCUGGUCACGAUCCACCUCGCCUGCAACCUCUUCACAUCUCACCUGUAUGUCGGGCAGAUACUGCGACCGGAUGAAAGCUCGCUUGCAUCACUUCUCAUCCAACUUGUCAAUGCUGCUUUGCUUGACUUUUCACACCCCACAACGAGAGUUGCCGCGUCAUGGUUAGCUUUCAAUCUGGCAGCUGGUAAUUACCGCUCGCGCCUCGAAGAGUCUCGGGAUGGAUUGGCGGAAGAGCUGCAGGUCGAAAUUGCAGCCUCGCUGCUGGAAGCUCUGCCACGCGAAGACAGUGAGGAGGCGGUAAAGGCGCAGCUUUCGGCUUUGGGGUAUUUGGUGUACUUUGCGCCGGUCGACGGUGAGGUCAUGGACUUGUGCAGGGCGUUGGAUGCUAAGACGGUUGUACAGUCGCUAAAAAAGCACGUUGAUCUGGGAAAGGAAGUAACAAGCUUGUUGGACUGAAUGCUGCUUGACGACCUGCAAAGUGUAGUUUACAGCUAAAGCGAUCCCUGUCGCCGGUACG